UUUUCCAAAAUGGCCGCCCGCUGAAGUGAUGCUACCACAAAAACUAGCCGACCAAAACAGAAAAACACCAAAAAAUAGCAUUGGAACGAUAUUAAAAUAUCACAUUAAACCACCGGGUGCUUUACAUUAGAGUGAAAUGCAGUGGAAGACGCGUGAAGAUUGAUUUAUGGAUUUUAAAAAACUACCUCGCUGUAGCUAACAUGAGCUAGGUUAGCCAACGGUAGCAUAGAUUCAAACUAGCCUGACUUUAAAUUGUAAAAGGUUUAUUUUCUCACUGAAACGAUGCUGGGGUUUCUGACGGCGAGGCAGACAGGACUGGAUGAUCCUCUGAGACUGCGACGAGCUGAGUCAACGAGAAGGGUCCUUGGUCUGGAGUUGAAUCCUGACAGAGAUGUGGACCGAAUCCAUGGAAACGGCAUCAACACUAUUGACAUUGAAGCAAUAGAGGGCAGAUACAUGUUAUCUGGAGGUGCAGAUGGAGUGAUCGUUAUCUACGACCUGGAGAACUUCAGUGGGAAACCACAGUAUACCUGCAAGGCCGUCUGCACAGUUGGCAGGUCGAGCCGGUAUGUCCACAAAUUCAGUGUCGAGACAGUUCAGUGGUAUCCUUAUGACACAGGCAUGUUUGUCUCCAGCUCCUUUGAUAAGACCAUGAAGGUCUGGGACACAGAGACACUGAAGCCUGCUGAGGUCUUUGAGUUUGAGGGCAACGUCUACAGCCACCAUCUAUCCCCCAUCGCCAGGAAGCACAGUCUCAUCGCAGUUGGCACCAAAAACCCUAAAAUCCAGCUGUGUGACCUGAAGUCUGGUUCACGGAUUCACGUUCUUCAGGGUCACAGAGCAGAGGUACUUUCUGUGCGGUGGUCACCCAGAUAUGAACACAUCUUGGCCACUGCCAGUGCAGACAGCAAGGUGAAAGUAUGGGAUGUACGCCGGGCCUCAGGUUGUCUCUUCACUCUGGAUCAACACAACGGAGACAAGUCGAAAGCCUCCUCUGAGGCAGUAAACACAGCCCAUAAUGGCAGAGUGAAUGGCCUGUGCUUCACUGGUGACGGCCUCUAUAUCCUCACGACUGGGACUGAUGAUCGCAUGAGACUGUGGAACAGUGCCAACGGGGAAAACACGCUGGUGAACUAUGGGAAAGUCUGCAACGAGAGUCGUAAAAAGCUCCAGUUCACUGUGUCACGGGGCUGCAGCCCAGAGUUUGUGUUUGUGCCAUGUGGCAGCUCCAUCGCGGUCUAUGCCCUCCACACAGGAAAGCUGGUCACCAUGCUCAGGGGUCACUACAACAACGUCGACUGCUGCGAGUUCCACCCAGACUACCAGGAGCUGUACAGUGGAGGUAAAGACUGUAACCUCCUGGCUUGGGUUCCUGUUCUUCAUUCCUCUGAUGUGGAGGAAGAGUCAGAGUCUACAAAUACGGGAGCUGCUACCCAAUCUACGGUGAACCCUGCCCUACAAGAUGCAUGGAGCAGUGAUGAAGAUUGAUGCUGAUGUUUUGUUUUGUGUAGUAAAAGUGGAAACAUGGUUGAUGGAGCAUGGAAACAAGUUUACAUCUUUCACAAUUUAUUUUAAAUUUGUACUGUUCCAUUUAUUGCAGAGAUGAAGGCCUUAAAAAUCUGUCUAAUUUGUGUGAAUAAUUGUCCAGCUCUGUAAAUAUGCACGUCAUGUCAUAUGUCAUGAAUCAUUUUGUUUUUUUUGUAUAUUUUGAUAUUUUAUAUCUUUUUUAAAAUAUUUUUAAAAUAUUUACAUUUUAUUAUUCUUUGUGUUUGAAUGUCAAGCCAACGUGAUGCUUUUUGCAUUGAUGGGGGAUAACCACUAUCGUUUGUGCAAAUUCUGAGACAAGAAUUCAUCUAAAAUGUAAUUUUACACCUCUCACACUCCACAUUAGAAUGAGGUUUGUUAAAGGGAUGUUAUAGAGUUCAUAUAGAGAGAUUUGUAAGGUUUUCCAACUUUUAGUUUUUCUGCAGCUGAGCUGAGAAGAAACAGCUCACGUCCCUCACAUGAGAGUAACCAGGAAUUCAAAAACACAGAUUGUCUAGUUGUUAUUCCUGGGAAAAUUAGCAUUUGUUCUGCCUUAAGCCCUAACUGAAAGUAGCAGCAGAGAGUGAAACUGAAACCCCUUUUAUCUGUCCCACCACCCCCCUUCACAGUUUUACACAUUGACCUUGUUUCCUUGCAAACACAUUGGACUUUUAUGAGGCUUCACAUUGGCCAAAACAAACACAAUUACAACAUUGUUCUUUUUUAAAUACCAUUACUUCUCGCACAUUAAUGCUGUAAUAUUGUAUGUGAAAAGACUAUGAAUAGCUUCUGUCAUCAUACUGUAACAAUAUUUUUCUAUUUUUUACACAUUACUUGAAGUUAAAAAUUACUUGAAGUAAAAAA